AUGUCAGUUCUCUGUUUCGCCGUUGCUCGCUGUUCCUGGCAUGUUGCACAAGGUCGACAACAUGCAUUGAUCAGGAGUAGCAUGCAACAUGCCACGGCAAUUGGCCAAUACUGGGCUGUCGUAGCCGUGAUGAGAGCACUCUGCCAAGGGCAUCAAGUUUCAUAUCAGCGCAAACCUUGCAGAAAUCAAACAUCAAGACAAAAUAUGCCGCCUCUGAAGUCUUUGGGACGAAAAGGACCUAGCAAUACUUGUCCCUGUCUUCUUGCACUAGGGUGGGUCCUCCUGGAUCUGCCAACUCACUUUGCAUGGACAAUUAAGCGUGCCAGGCUUCGCUGGGAAGGAGCGACCAAGAGGUUAUAA